UCAAGCAAUCAAUCAUGUUCAAGUUCGUGUGCCUAUUCGCGCUGAUCGCCUCAACGGCGGCAGCCGCCUCCGAGGCGGACAGUCUGCUGACCAGUGCCCUGAAAAUGGUCAAGGACUGCGGUGAUCGAUCGAUGGUAUUGUGCAUGAAGGAACGGGCCCUGCACUAUUUCGACACGGAGAACGGCGAUGUGAGGCUGACCGAGGGCAUUGCUCUGGUGAAGACAGACGACAUACCCGUGGGACGAUCACUGAACGACAUCCAGCUGCCCGAGGAGGUGGAGUCGCGGGAGGCCGAGGUCGACUCGCUGCUGGUGGAGCGUGUGGCCCGCUUCUUUGGCACCCAUACCCUGCAGUUCAAGGUGCCCAAGGACUCCAUCCAGGACAUGCAGCGCGUUCUCGAGGAGUCCCGCGGCAAGAAGAAGGAGAAGAAGAAGUACCUGAUGCCUCUGCUGUUGCUGUUCAAGCUGAAGAUGGCCGCCCUGCUGCCCCUGGCCAUUGGCUUCCUGGCACUGAUCUCAUUCAAGGCUUUGGUCAUCGGCAAGAUCGCCCUGCUGCUGUCGGGCAUCAUCGGGCUGAAGAAGCUGCUGGAGUCCAAGAAGGAGAACUACGAGGUGGUGGCGCAUCCGCACUACGAGCACGAGCACAGCUACGGACGGUCCCUGCCCGGCGGCGGCGAGGCUCAGAACUUGGCCUACGCGGCGUACAAGCAAUAAGCAAAUAGCCAAAAAGCCAAUCCUGCAGCAACACAAAAAGCAAUAUUCAGUGCAAUACACAGAAGGCGAAAAUGGGAAAUCAGAGAGAGAGAAACAGAGAGAGAGAGAGAUAGCUUGGAGAAAGCUGAACGGAGAAUGAAGAACGGAGAAUAGAGCUCGAUGGCUCGUUUAAUUUAUUCUAUUUAUUUAAUUUAUUUGUAUAGCAUAGUUCAUGCAAAGCUUACACAUAAGGCGCCAUCAUCUGCAACUGUUACACGGGAGAGCGAAUUGUUCAAAAUAAGUCCAAAUACCCCCCAUAGGGAAUAAGUUCAAAAAAUUUCGGGGGCUGAGGAGGCUGAGGAGGAUUUCACGAGGAGUUGGUCCGGGGCUCUGUUUCUUGGGGGCCUUUGCGCGGCCUUUGCCUUAAUUUUAAAGUACUCACUCAAGUGACUGUAACUUUUGUAUUAAUACUCAGAGCUUUACUAUUUACUACAUGACUACUUUAACGCUUUACGCUUAACUUAACUUAACUCAACUCCAAACUAAAACUAAACUAAUCUAAACUUAACUACUUAAACUUUGAACUGCUGCUAGUCGCAGGCCACUCGGGAGGUGUCCAGCCAGCCCUCGCCCUUCGUCUCGCUGCCACCUCUUUAUCAACCGCAAGAACCACUCCAAUGAAAAUCAACAAAUCAAUAAAAGAAAUCCUGCAUUUAU